AUGGCGGAAGCAUCGAGGGACCUUGCACAGGGCACCAUCGAGGUGAUGGUGUCCGAAAGUGUGUGUGCCAAAGAGCGAAUGGAAGCAAGAGAGGUAGAGGAGGCAUACCAAAAGUUUGAAGAAAGCGAAGAACACAUCAAGGUGCUUCAGAUUGAUUUGAGUGACGCAGUGAUUUACUUGCAACUUGACAAUGAUUGUGCUGCCCUCAUCAAACGUAAUCCUUAA